UAUGAUGCAGGUCCCUUACUGCAUUCGUGACACAUGUUCCCUUCUCCUCUCUACAUACUUUUCUUCGAUUCACUUGCAACCGUUCAGCGUUUGAUUCCAGCGCAACUCGCUGUGGCUGCAAGGGGAAAGAAUCCACUACUGUUCCAAUGUCUUUUGACUACAUACGUCAGGUGGUGUCGGGGAACAAGGCGAGGUAUGUGGAUCGUGGGUCCGGUGUCGACCUCGAUUUGGUAUAUGUGACGGAUAGGAUCAUCAUUAUGGGAUAUCCGGCUAUAGGAAUGGCUGGACUGUAUAGGAACCGAAGACGGGACGUGUUAAAGUUUAUCAAUCAGCGGCAUGGCGAGAAGUGGUGGAUCUGGAAUCUCUGCCCCCUCUACGAAAAUGCCUACUCGCCCGAGAGCAUGCACAAUCGAGUAUCGCGAUAUCCUUUUCCAGAUCAUCAUCCUCCACCCUUGCCUCUACUCCCUCUGGCGGUCAAGGAAAUGACAGCUUGGCUUCAAGGAGAUGAAGAAAGGAUAGCUAUCAUACAUUGUAAAGCAGGCAAGGGUCGAUCGGGUACCCUCCUCUGCUCUUACCUCCUCUCACUAGACACCCUUCCCCCUCCGCCCCAAUUACCCACCUCAUAUUCCACUCACGACCCCAGUCGUCAUUCACUUGUCGAUCGCACAGAGCCAGGUUGGAUCCUAUUCGGUGGAGGUUCCUCAGUCGCCAAAGCGCCUGUCGAUCAAGAAUCAGAUAAGGAAGAGCUGCGUCAUGAUAACGACGAUCGAGAGGCCCACACAGAGGAUCCUCACACACCUGCGAGAUCGGAGAGACUACGAGUGACCUCCAGGGCAGGAUCGACAGCUUCAUCCUUGACGACUAUCUCCAGGCCAUCGCCCCCUCCCUCCGUCCAAAUAUCAUAUCUUUCAGAGGAACCGUAUGCUCCCAUGGACAUCGAUGACGAGGGAGAUUUGAGACGACCAGGGCAGAGGGACAGGAGAGAUGGGAAAGUUGACGACGUGUUCAGAAUGCAUAGUAGUAGGAGGAUGAAGCCUACUUCUUCGGGAAGAGGUGUUUCAAUCCCGAGUCAACGCAGAUGGUGCCGAUACGUCAACCUUCUAUUCACCAACAAAGCUCCUCCAUCCUACCUCUCCCCCGUUCGCACCCGUGUCCGUCUCAUCUCCAUCACCAUGCUCCUUAACCCACCUACUACUUGGCAAAAACCGUUGGCGUCGCUCGUCGUCGGACGCUCAGGUGGACAAGGGAACGCAUGGGCAUCUGUGGCGAGGUACGACGAUGAUUACGUAGCAGAACUGAAGCGUCGGGGUGGGAGUGGCGAGGGCAUUGGAGGGGAGAUCACCUGGGGAGGGGUAGGAGGAACCGGAGAGUGGGACACGAAGAAGAUGUUUAGGAGUUGUGGAAAGAUGGUUUCUGCGCCUACGUCUCAGGACUCGGACGACGACGAAUGUAUAAAACACGAACUUGUACCUAAGUCUGAACCACUGGUUCUCGAACGUGGUAGAGAAGUGCGACUCAAAUUUCAUUUAGCUUCAUUACCUCUAGGAUGGACCUGGUUCAUUCCCGCCUUUCACCUCCCUGAACCUGUGCCCUCCACCAAAACACCAAUCCAACAAAAAGUCCACACAUUACAUUUCGACAGAUCGCAAAUUGAUUUCGCCAUCGGACCAGGAGCUUCUUUGAGAAGUGUGGAGGUGAAAUUAGAGGAGGUACCAGUGGAUGACAUGUCAGAGCCUGCGAGGUUGUUGAAUGAUGAGGAAGAGCGCGCUGAAGGGGUGGAUGAGAGAGUGGAACAUGUCAGAGAAGACGGGGAAUGAUGACAUAUCUGCUGCGCCUGCCGGUUGCCCCUUGGCCUAGAUCUUUCUUUCAGCUAGUAUUGUUUGUGCUGCUAUGUCAUCAACCCGUGACUCGGCUGCCUACCUACAUAUUUAUAGUUGACUAGGUGUUCUAGAGUAUGUCGAAUGGACCCAGUUGAAUGCCAUCUGUUCUCGCGUGU